GAACAUGAAAUGUUUCUGUAGGACCACCAGUGUUCAAAGCUCCUGCAAGUCUUUGCAAGCUGGCUUUACUUCUCAGCUUCUGUCUGGAAACACCUCUGCAGUAAAGCUCACCAACCAGCCCAUGUAAAGGAUGAUAGGAGAGAAGCUGUUAUUGCCGAUAAUUAUAAUGUCUGUGCUGAGUUUAAUGACACCACAGACAUCGUAUGGACAGCAGUUGGCAGAGGAGUCCUGCACGGUUCAGAUCCUUGUCCCUGGACUCAAAGGAGAACCAGGAGAGAAAGGACAAAAAGGAGCACCAGGAAGACCAGGAAGAGUUGGCCCUCGUGGAGAGAUUGGUCAAACAGGACUUAAAGGUCAGAAAGGCAUUAUGGGACGUUACGGAAAAGUGGGACCAAGUGGAAUGAAAGGGGUAAAGGGAGAGAUGGGGGACCCAGGUCCAAGGGGCCCUAAUGGAGAUCCAGGUGUUCCAUGUGAGUGCACGCCAAUGAGAAAGAUGAUUGGAGAAAUGGACAUUCUGGUGGCACAGCUCUCGUCUGAACUGAAGUUCAUUAAAAAUGCACUGCCCUCCCCCGCAGCUGUUGCUGGCAUAAAAGAGACAGACAGUAAGGUCUAUCUGUUGGUGAAGGAGGAGAAACGCUACUCGGACGCUGAGGUCUACUGUCAGACGAGGGGGGGGCACCUGGCCAUGCCCAAGGAUGAAGGAGCCAACACGGCCAUCGCAGGGUACAUCACCGAAGCGGGCCUGAACAGAGUCUACAUUGGCAUUCAUGACCUGAACCAGGAGGGUGUUUUCACCUACGUUGAUCUCUCUCCCAUGACCACUUUCAGUAAAUGGCGAAAGGGAGAGCCCAACAAUGCCUAUGAUGAUGAGGACUGUGCUGAGAUGGUAGCGUCUGGGGAGUGGACUGACGUGGCGUGCAACCCUACCAUGUAUUUUGUGUGUGAAUUUGACAAGGACAGUCUCUGAGAUCAGUCUGAAUAUAAUGGAACCGAAGUGAUAUGUAUUCGCUGUGUUUGUACGUCUGUCUGUAAAUAGGGUGACAAAAUGACAUGCAAGUUGUGCACACUUCUUUCUUUUUACUUUUCAUUAUAAGCUAUUUAUUUUCUUAACUCACAAAAGAGAGCUUUUGUUAUUUUGUGAUACUUAUUUUAAGUACACCCUUAAUCUCAUACUCUGUGAUUCAUUAGUGUUUUAAAACAGGCAAUGUAUUUCGUUUUUAUGUUAUGUUAUUUGCAACAGGGCCAUCAACAAACAGGACAAAUAAGAAAAUGUGGAAGGCUGUAGUUUGUGCAUAAAAUAUGAAAUCAAAGAAAGAUUUUGUUUUCAGCUGCAUGCUUUAAAUCAGAGAAAUGGGACACUAUAUGUAUUCUAUAUUCAUCUUCAUAUAAUAAGUUAUGUUGUAAAAUAAAAAUUCACUAAUGGUUUAAAA